GUUGAGUUGAUGCUCAAUACCGUCGCAUUGUCUCUUGUGUGAGAACCGACAUAUUAAAGCAGAACUCUUUCAAGUUUAUUCGCAGAAAACAUGGCCUGUAUAUAUAUAUUGCGACAGAUCAUCAUUUUCGCACGCUUCUUCAUUUUCCAUUACUUACCGGAGGCCUUUCGCAAGGCUUCCCCCUCUGUUUACUACCCAAUAAGCCACAAAUAUUUAUUGUGGGGUACUAACAUUUGUAAGAGCAACGACAAAAAUUUGUUACAAAUGGUUUGUUGUAUUUGGGAGUUUUCGCAGGCAUUAUUGGUAAGCACAAAAUACACGAGUGACAGGCUGGAAACUUUUCCAUUUCCUCCUUUUUUGCGCAUGCUCACUGAAGAAAGGCCGAUAGCCAAUCAGAAUCGCCCCAAUAUUUGAUUUCCUAGAGGCACAAAGGUACGUGGGCUCUUGGGACAAGAUUGCUGAGAUCAUAGCUUGAUCGAUAUGUUUGAUCUCUCUUUACCGACAGUAUCAUCUGCUAGAUUGAGACUUGGAAACCCAUUCAUGGCAAGCAACUGGUCCGAGCCAUGGAGGAAGCUUUACGCAGACGAGCUCCUUAACAGAACACCGAUACGGGUUGGCAUUGAAACCACAGUUUUUCUGUUGAUCAACUGUUUGUCACUAUUCGGUAAUAUCCUGAUAUGCUUUGUUAUCAUCCAAACGAACGGUCUUCGCCGAAACACAACAAAUGUAUUGAUAGUUGGCUUAGCAGUCUCGGAUAUUCUCCAGGCCCUCUUCGGCAUGCCGCUGACUUGCGGUGUCCUUCUAACGGGAAAGUGGAUCUUCGGGGAGUUCCUCUGCAAAGUCCAGGGGUUCUGGCUUCUGUUCCUAGGAUUCGUUUCACUGCACAGCAUGGCGUUGACCGCGCUCAAUCGAUACUUUUGCGUGGUGAGACCGGAGAUGUAUCGACGUCUAUGUACCAGGAAAGCAUCAUUGAUUAAGCUGAGUGUCGUAUGGGUAUUUGCUCUAGCUAGUGUUGCUAUCCCUCAAUUUUCUAAGAAUAUUUCAUUUCGCUUCCAAGCUAACCGUGCCGCGUGUUUCAUAACGUUGGUUGAUUUCACUGAAAAUAUGGUCUACACUGUAUUCAGUCUCGUGGUGUUUAUAGCACCUACUUUGGGUAUUAUAGUGGGAUGCUACACCAAGGUGUACAUGGUUAUCAGACAGCAUAAGAGACGUUUGCGGCCUGCUGCAACGAAUUACCUAAAUAGGUCUUCGAACAAUCUCCAGCUACCACAGUCAACCCAAAGACGACGGCUAUCAUCAGCGCGCAACCGCAUCAUCUCUUUAGAAGAAAUCCGCGCAACUAACAUGCUUUUCGCGAUCGUCCUCGGCUUCGGCUCAUGCUGGAUACCUUCUAUAUUAGUCGAAUUGGUUGACUCCGCUCUCCCAGGGGGAGUGGUCCCACGCGAGCUUUAUGUCACCUAUAUCUUCUUGGCGUUUCUUUCAUGCGCGAUCAACCCGAUUCUUUACAGUAUAAUGAGUCGCACGUUUCGACGUGCCACUAUGCACGCUUUACGGUCUUGUUGCAUUCUGGGAGCUGUCGACGAUCCAACGCCGUUUUCUGCUGAACCUCGCCCUAGGCCGUCGAUACGAAUCAAUGGGAUCGCCAGAAAGCAAGAAAAUGUAUAGUCAA